GUGUACUUCUGCCUGUUACACUGAACUAACCAGACGCGCACAGAGCUGUGUAUUUAGAUUUGCUUGUAAACACCAGGGUGUGCGGUGAUGAAUCGAAGUGGAAUGAUAUCGAGAAUCCAAACGCGAAUACGAACAGACCCCUUCAAAAACAACUACGAUUUAGUUGGCAAGGAAUUAGGAAGGGGGAAGUUUGCCGUUGUGCGGAAAUGUGUGGAAAAGAAGACAGGGAAUGAGCAUGCGGCCAAGUUCUUACGGAAACGGCGAAAGGGCGAGGACUGCCGAAUGGACAUCAUCAAUGAGAUCGCCAUCCUGGAAAUGGCAAAGUCCAACCCGUAUGUGGUAACCCUGCACGAAGUCUACGAGACCACUUCUGAGAUCAUACUGGUCCUGGAAUACGCCGCUGGUGGCGAGAUCUUCAAUCAGUGUGUGGCAGACAACGACGAGGCUUUCACAGAGAACGACGUGAUCCGAUUGGUCAGGCAGAUCCUGCUCGGCGUGGCCUUCCUGCAUCGCAGUAACGUGGUCCACCUCGAUCUCAAGCCUCAGAACCUCCUUCUGACCAGCGUCCGGCCCCUGGGGGACAUCAGGAUUGUGGACUUUGGCCUGUCCAGGAGGGUGGACAAUGUGACAGAGGUCCGGGAGAUCUUGGGCACGCCUGAAUACGUAGCUCCAGAAAUCUUAAACUAUGAACCAAUUCGUAUAGCAACGGACAUGUGGAGUAUUGGUGUGUUGGCGUAUGUCAUGCUGACGGGUGACUCUCCCUUCCUGGGGGACGACAAACAGGAAACCUUCCUCAACAUUUCCCAGGUGAACGUCGACUACUCCCAGGAUGUGUUCGAGGGCGUGUCCGACCUGGCCGUGGACUUCAUCAAAUCUCUGCUCAUCAAGAACCCCAGGAAGAGGGCUGCAGCUGAAGACUGCCUGAAGCACCCUUGGCUAUGCCCCCACCCCACUGUCCUGGAGGCCCUGUCCGAGACGGAGCCCAGGCAGUCACAGUCGGAGCCCGAGAGCCCUGAUUCAGCCGAGGAGCUGGUCCUGCAGGCCUCCUACACCAUCUGCACCACCCAGAGUGACCUGCAGGUCUUCCGCAAGACCUUCAAAUUCAAGGAGUCCUUACCGGAGGUCCAGCAAGAACUGGUGUGCUGAUGUUUUAGCAGUCGAGUAAAGAAAGACAAUGUAAAUAAGAGUUGGCUGAUGAGCUUCUCUGGCUUACAAAGUGCUCUGGAUAAGUAAGGUCUGCUGAGGUUGGACUUGGGUUCUGUGGUCCAGUUUGCGGACAUAGUCUUGCGUUUUGAAGUUCUGGGGGUUUUGAUGGUUUUCAGCUAACCGGGACACCAGGAUUUGGGUUGGACUUGGAAAAAGCAAAUGUUUUGUUUUUUUUCUUAAACUAAACCUUUCUGGUUGCCACAGGAAUCUUCCUGGUUUUUUAUGGGAAUUGUUCCUGCUUGCUGGAGCUUCAGUAAGGCAAAGGUAACAGGUCUUGGGACUGUGUGCCACAGUAAUAGAUCCAGAUAGAAACAACCCACAUUAAUGAAGUGGAAGAAAUGCCUGAAGCUGGCUUGUUUGUCUCUGUUGAAUCUGAACUGCCUGAACACGCUGUUCCUGUUUUGAUGGCUCCCUUGAAACCUUUUUUUCCCACGCUGUUCUCUUCGUGAUUUGAAAGUGUCGCUUCCAGAAAGAGAAAUGAAAAAAGUUCAAGUUGAAUCUGUAUAGAAGAGUUAGGAGGGUGAAGGUUAUCACUGGGAUGUUGUGAGGGGUAGCUAACUUGUCAUGUCGAACUGUCAGAUUUUUAGACUGAACAGAGACGUUCCCAAGCAUUUCUGUGGGAAAUCUGAUGUUGAGAUUAAAGAUGUGAGAUCUGCUUUAACGUUUAGACUGGUUCUACUUUUUUAAAGAAACAUAUUAAUCACUUUGAUUUCAAUGGUUAUGCACUUUUUUUUUUUUUUUUUUUUACUAUAAACAGCCACAUUUGUUUGAAAGGUUGAGUGUUUGCUUGUCCUCAAAUGCAGUUCUGCAUAUUCACAUUGCAUGUGCUUUUAAAUAGUACAGACAUCAGUUCAUCAGCAUUAUUUCUCUUGUAGCAUUUCUAGAACACCGCACACUGUUCCAGGCACAGAUGAUUCUAGAAUUUCUAGAGAUGCCAACCAAGUAAUUGCACAGUAUCUAGUGGGACAUUUUACAUUUGUUUUUUAUUUUUCAUUGUGACAAUUUAAAGAUUUUGGUUUAACUAUAUCACCAAGUGGCCAGUGUUGUAUUUUAGUGCCUGUCCUUUUACGCAGUUCUUCAAAUAACAAUUGUGGAAAAAGAGUAAAACUGCACUCCAGUUAAAAAAACAAAAAACAAAAAACAAAA